UCCGGGUGUUUGCAUGCGAUCCUGCAAAUGUUUGCCCACAUCUUGCUUUGUAGAUUAAACGGCGUAUGUAACAAUAUAUCGAUAUCUCAUAGUAGUGUGUUUUGUGUCACUCUUAAUAUUUUAUCGUAGAGGAAGUGUUGUAAGACGAGUUCUCUUUUCAGCUGAUUGUUUUGAGUUUAGUAUAUAAUGUCAGGGGGAACUCGACUAGAAAACGCCAAUCCUCUGAUAUUUCAGCGAUCAGGAGAAAGACUCCUAACUGCCACUGAUGAAGAUGAGGAUAUUGCUGACCCCAUCGAUGACAGGGAGAUCUUCGAUCUGAUCAGAUCAAUCAAUGAUCCUGAGCACCCAUUGUCCCUCGAAGAGCUGAAUGUCGUGGAACAAAUGCGCGUUAAUGUGAAUGAUCAGGAGAGCACAGUGUCUGUGGAGUUUACACCUACUAUCCCACACUGCAGUAUGGCCACACUCAUUGGCUUGUCCAUCAAAGUCAAGCUUCUGCGCUCCCUACCUGAUAGAUUUAAGAUUGAUGUUCACAUCACACCCGGCACUCAUGCCUCAGAGGAUGCAGUUAACAAGCAGCUUGCAGACAAAGAGAGAGUGGCAGCAGCUCUGGAGAACUCUCAGCUGCUGGAGGUGGUCAACCAGUGCCUGUCUUCUAGAAUCAUGUGAUUUUUUUUUAUUUUUUUUUUUUUUUUAUUGUGGGUGGGGGUCAGUUGUCUGGCUUUAUUUUUUCUUCAUUUAUUAUUGUAAUACUCAACAAUACAAGAUCAGUAAGCCUUAUUAGUACUUAUUAAGUGAGAGUGUGUUUUUAAUCUCAAGGUUUGCUCAUUGCUCUAAUGGAGUAUUCUGGAAGCAUCCAAGUUGAUUUACAACAGGUGGCUGGAAAAGGAGGAAUAGGGAAGUUCUGUUUUUCUGUUUGAGUUUUCAUAAAUACAGAAUGAAAAGUAUCCUGUAAUUAUGCGAAAUAUUUGUGAAUAUGGAUUUUUUUUUUUUUUUUUUUUUAACGACACCUUUAUAUUGACACAGCAUUCUUAUAGAAAAUAGUUGAAUGUUCCUUUGGAAUGAAAGAUAAUUUGUACAAUACAACAGAAAUAAAAAAAAGUUGCCACUG